GUCUGUUUCGUACUCCAGCCGCCGAAAAUGACGACGGUACAGAAGAUAAAAGAAAUCGAAGAUGAAAUGGCCAAGACGCAGAAGAAUAAGGCUACGUCUUAUCAUCUGGGUCAACUCAAGGCAAAACUCGCAAAACUCCGCCGAGAACUUAUCAGCCCAAGCGGAGGCUCUGGCGGGGGAGGCGGGGGAGUGGGCUUCGAUGUUGCGCGUACCGGCGUUGCGAGUGUCGGGUUUGUAGGCUUCCCCUCUGUCGGAAAGUCAACACUAAUGUCCAAACUCACUGGCACACAUUCCGAAGUCUCCGCGAUUGAUUUCACAACACUCACUACCGUCCCUGGCACAGUAAAAGUACACGGUGCACCAAUACAAAUCCUUGAUCUACCUGGUAUCAUUGAAGGUGCUGCUGAUGGUCGAGGAAGAGGUCGACAGGUCAUUGCGGUAGCUCGGACAGUAAAUUUGAUAUUCAUUGUUCUUGACGUCUUGAAACCUUUGGGCGACAAGAAAAUAAUCGAGAGCGAGUUGGAAGGCUUCGGUAUCCGGUUAAACAAGCGACCACCAAAUAUCACCGUCCGCAAGAAAGAAAAAGGCGGCAUUGCUAUAACCCACACAGUGCCACUAACGAACAUUGACCACGACGAUAUCAAGGGAAUUUUGAACGAAUUCAAACUGAGCAACUGUGAUGUCGCCAUUAGAGAACCAAACGCCACAGCAGACGACCUCGUAGAUGUCAUUGAAGGCAACCGGGUUUACAUUCCAGCAAUCUAUGUUCUCAACAAGAUCGACGCAAUCUCCAUCGAAGAACUCGACUUGCUCUACAAAAUCCCGAUGUCUGUCCCAAUCUCUUCCAAAGAGUGGCUGAACGUCGAUGAGCUGAUCGCAAAGAUGUGGGAAGCACUCGACCUUGUCCGAGUUUAUACGAAGCCACGAGGAUUAGCACCAGAUUACUCUGCUCCUGUCGUCCUACGCCGGGGCAAAUGUUCAAUCGAGGACUUCUGCAACGCCAUCCAUAAAGAGAUCGCCAAACAAAUGAAAUAUGCGAUUGUCUGGGGAGCCAGUGCCAAACACGCUCGAGGUCAAAAAGUUGGUCUUGAGCAUAUGUUGGAUGAUGAAGACGUUGUCCACAUUUCGAAGAAAUGA